AUGGGUCGCAGAAAGAUCGAGAUCAAAGCGAUCAAAGAUGAUCGUAACCGCUCAGUCACAUUCCUGAAGCGAAAGGGUGGCCUAUUCAAGAAGGCGCAUGAGCUCGCGGUUCUUUGUUCGGUGGACGUCGCCGUCAUUAUCUUCGGUCACAAUAAGAAACUGUACGAGUAUUCUUCGUGUGAUAUGCCCGAGGCCCUGGGGCGCUACCACUACUUCGGUUCUCCCCAUGAACACAAAGGACCCGGUGACUUUGAAGGCAAGCGCGACGACGAAGACGAGGAAGACGAGACUACCCCCGCCCCUGAAGAGAUGCAAGCCCAACAGAGCCACCCCGCCGUUCCGCCACAUCUACAACAGCCCGGUUUCCAACACAUUCACCAUGCUCCGUCUGCGUCUCCUCCCAUUUCCAACGGCCUUCCGAUAUCCCGACAUGGCACUCCUUUGUCACAAGGUGUCUCCCGGCCCACAUCUAGAAACCAUACUCGUCGCGUCAGCUCGAACCUUGGCCCGCAUGGACAUGCUACCCCCCCGCCGCCACCUGCUCCCCAGAACGGUUUCGCAUACAUGUCCAAUCCUUCUAUGUAUAACCCCAAUGUUCACUCCGCCAUGACACAGCAACGCCCCGGACAAUACCAGCAGUAUGGUCAUCCCCAACCCGGUCCACAGGGAACACCACCUCAGGCUAUGCAUCACCAGCACGGUAUGCCUCCACAACAGAUGCCUCCCCAUCAAGGUGCACAACAUUUCCAACACCCUCACGCGGUAGCUUCGCAACAAAUGGGAAUGCCACCGGGGUCGCAUGCUCCAGUACAGCAAGUCUCGCAGGCCUAUAUCUCGGAGCCAGGUAGAGGUUCGAUGCCACCCGCAUAUGCACCAGAGUCCCAGGAUCGUACGGUUCCAGUAAACGAGGGUUCACAGGAUAAUGCGCCGGGUGGUUUGAAGGUGGAUCAUAACCAGUCGCCGCCACAAGGGAAAUCCUUCUCAAAGUCCCGCAGUAUUUUCACCCCAAUUGAUGAUCGUGGAUCCGUUCUUGCCCGUCAUUUCGGGGCGGGGGCGCCGACAUACGAGUCUCCUCGUGGGAACCAAGCUUUGAGGAUGGAAUCACAAGGCAAUUCACCUGAUACCAAACCCACUCCCAUGAGUGAGCCUUCACAUCCCCAGUCAAUGCCCUCGGCGGCCGAUCUCAAACCCACUCGGAGUAAUAGUGGUGUACACGCAUCGAAACGCCCUCAACUAAAGGUCCAGAUUCCAAGCGAGAACUCUGAUCGGGGCAGUGCGACGGGCGAAUCGGGUUCACGGGACUCCGCUGGCAAUAACACGGCGACACCUGCCAAAGACAAUCCUCCGACGGGAGUGGUCCUACCACCACCAUCGCCCUCGGCAGGGGCAAUUCUCAGCGCCGGCGCCCAGGGACCUCCAAAUCCAUUCGCUCGCCCUCCACCGCCGGGUACCACAACUCAAAACAAUUCAAAUGGGAACAAUACCAGCAAUACGAACAACGGAAACACCCAGAAUAGACACGAGACCCCAAUAUCUGCUCUCCCAAGCCGAUUCAUGUCCGACGCUCUUCUCCCAUCACCAUCCAGUUUCUUUGCCGACGAUUGGGCUGCCUUCGGCCGCUCAGGACCAGACUCAAACUUAUUGCCCAGCCCAUUGAACUUCCCGACACCAGCAGUACAAAGCGGACCCAGCUUCUCUCGCGAUGACGAACAAGACAAGAAACGCAAGAGUCCAGAUAGCGCAUCCGGCGGAGAAGGGACCAGCAAAAAGCCAAAAACGGAUGGAAGCUGA